GCAAAGAAGGGGAAGUGUCGCCCUUGUUGGUGCUGUUUGGACUACUUUGACAUCUUUUUACGCACGUCUUUGGAUUCACCACCUUUUUUACACAUAGCACGGCCUCAACAGACUCCUCAGCCAUGUCGGAGGACCUGAGCUCCCAACCGUGGUCCAUCAACAAAGAUGAUUAUGAGCUACACGAGGUGAUUGGGAGUGGAGCCACCGCGGUGGUUCAAGCAGCCUACUGUUUACCACGCAAGGAGAAGGUGGCCAUCAAACGCAUCAACCUAGAGAAGUGCCAGACUAGUAUGGACGAACUCUUGAAAGAGAUUCAGGCCAUGAGCCAGUGCCACCACCCCAACAUCGUGUCUUACUACACCUCAUUCGUAGUGAAGGACGAGCUGUGGCUGGUCAUGAAGCUGCUCGGUGGCUCAGUGUUGGACGUCAUCAAGCAUAUCAUCUCGCGAGGCGAGCACAAGACAGGCGUCCUGGAUGAGGCCAGCAUAGCAACUGUGUUGAAAGAUGUGCUUGAGGGUCUGGAGUACCUACAUAAGAACGGGCAGAUCCACAGAGAUCUUAAGGCUGGAAACAUUCUUCUUGGGGAUGACGGUUCAGUGCAAAUUGCAGACUUUGGUGUCAGUGCCUUUCUAGCCACAGGUGGUGACAUGACUCGAAAUAAAGUGCGCAAGACGUUUGUGGGAACACCAUGCUGGAUGGCCCCAGAGGUCAUGGAGCAGGUGAGGGGUUAUGAUUUCAAAGCAGAUAUUUGGAGUUUUGGGAUUACAGCCAUCGAGCUCGCUACAGGGGCUGCACCUUAUCACAAGUAUCCGCCAAUGAAGGUAUUGAUGCUGACGCUGCAGAAUGACCCUCCGACCCUGGAGACUGGAAUCACAGACAAGGAGAUGGUAAAGAAAUAUGGAAAAUCCUUCAGAAAGAUGAUCUCCAUGUGUCUACAAAAGGAUCCGGAGAAAAGGCCAACAUCCUUAGAGUUGUUGAAGCAUAAAUUCUUUCAGAAAGCGAAGACCAAUGAAUAUUUACAUGAGAAGUUACUUCAGAGAGCGCCCACAAUAACAGAGAGGUCGAAAAGGGUACGUCGAGUGCCAGGUUCCAGUGGUCGGCUGCAUAAAACAGAGGAUGGCGAAUGGGAGUGGAGUGAUGAUGAGCUGGAUGAGGAAAGUGAAGAAGGCAAAGCAGCUGUUGCUGCCUUAAGGUCACCAAGAGUGAAGGAGGGAUCACAGAAUUCAGAGGUUUUCCAGAGUUCUGAGCCUUUAAGUAGUCAACUCCAGCCUCCUGUCGCAGGUCAGGCAGAACUACCUCAAGCUGCGGGCCAGGCUCCACUGCAGCCCACACCACAAAACACUCAAUCCACUUUCCAGGCUGCAUCUCCCACACCAGGCGUACCUGCUGCUGCUGCUGCUGCUGCUGCCACUGCUUCUCUCACACAGGCUCCAGCUGCCUCAGGCGAUGUUAAGGCUCCCAUUAGUUUGGUAUUAAGGUUAAGAAAUUCAAAGAAGGAGCUAAAUGACAUCCGCUUUGAAUUCAUGCCAGGGAGAGACACAGCAGAUGGUGUGUCCCAGGAGCUGGUGUCAGCAGGCCUAGUGGACGGGAGGGACUUAGUAAUAGUUGCUGCAAAUUUGCAGAAAAUAGUUGAUGAGCCUCAAGCCAAUAAAAAUGUUACUUUCAAACUGGCUUCUGGAAUUGAGGGAUCUGAAAUACCAGAUGACGUCAAAUUGAUGGGCUUUGCUCAGCUCAGCAUUAGUUAAACUGUUGUUCUACCUGGGACCGUGACUUGCCUAAAAAAUGUGAAAAUAAUAAAAAAAAUAGUUUAAUGCAUUUUUUUUCUUUCUAUGGCUGUAAAGAAACCACUACUGCCAAAGAAAACAGUACCGUUUGGUCACCCAUAGGAUCAUACAACGCCGCCUUGCUGAGUUAGGUGGUGGGCUGAAGUAUCAGAGCGUACAGUGUAAGGAUCACUCAAAAAAAAGUUUACAGUGUAUAUGUAGAAGGAUGCAAGUAUCUGCAACAAACAGUUUCCAUUUAACAUCCUGAUCUCCUUCAUCCUGUUCUUUUUUUCUCUCUAAUAUAUGAUGCAUUUGCACAAUCUGAACUAACGCCCUUGAAUCCUGAUAAGUAUAACAAUGCCUUAUAGUCAUCAGAACUACUGAAUGCACAUUUUGGGGAGGUCCCCAGUUACCAUAUGGAGCAUUAUGUUGUCUGAAAUGUGCAAAUGUGGUUUCAGUUGCUAAUGUCAAACUUUUUACUUUACUACAAAAGGAGCUUACGGAGUCAACUAGAAUCUGAACUUUAGAUACACUUUGUGUCCUGAGGUGAUGUGAUCUCAGGUGGCCAAAUAUAAAUUAUUUUUCCAGAUUGAUGUGAAUUCUCCCAACAAUAACAAGCUUUAAAGGAUAGGGCUAUUGAUUAUCUACAUUUUUGCUGGUGUCAACAAAUCUCACCUCUUUGCUGAAUGUUGCAGCUCAGGCUGAUUUGUUCCUGUAAAGUCCAAUCAGUAAAAAUUUUCAAAAAUAUACUUUCAUUUAAAAAAACACCUAAAUAAUUUACAACUAUAGUUUCAAACAGGUGUGAGAUUUGCUGGGAACUAGUUUUAGCUGCAGAUUAAUACCAGUUUGAUGAGAAUAUUCAACACUGUGACACUAGUGCCAAUGUUAAUUAUAAUGAAGGAACAGCCUGUGCAACUGUGAAGCUCACUGAUGCCAUUUAAAGGUUUUUGGACAUCAAUAAAGCACUUAAAGUUAUAUAAAAUUCAAAUUAUUAGCCCAUUUACAAAAGUGAAAUGAUGAAGAAAGAGGAGUGCAAGAUAAUAUUGACUUUCUAUUGUCUUAUUAAAUAUGAAAUAGUUGUAAAAAGUUUUACAACAGCUGAAACCAUGUGUGUUUUAAGAGCAGAUGUGUGUGUCUGUUGGUAUAAGUUUGUGUCUGUUUGGAAUCAGUUUCUCAAAUUCUUAAGAAAAAAAAAGACUUAAGUGCAUAUUUUGUUUAUGUGGAUGGAAAAUAAGUACUUGAUUUAACUUCUAGUAUGUAAAUAAUUACAUUUGGCUUUUGAUUUGUUUUUAUACUGGGUGUUUCACUCUUGGCCUUUUUUCUGUCCUAUGACACGAUUGUGGGUUGUAGCGCUGUGUGAAGGAAGGAAGAUGACGACACUGCAAAUUUGGCUUUGAAUUCCCUCGUUUUGCAGGACAUAAUGUCACUUUACUGUAUGUCAUUCACCUUUUACUCAUUAAAAAAAAAAGAAUUUCCGCUUUUUGCCUUUUGAGAAUAUGUUUUUUCAUGAGGAGCCACAGCUGUCCUGAUGCACUGCUUAAUGCCACCUUAAAUUUCCCUUAAAUUAGUAACAGCAAAUUUGUCUCCCACACUUAAUAGUAACAAGCGGAGGCUGUUUACAGCAGUUAUUCUAACCCUCAUCUGAAGUCAUACAUCUGCUUUGUUUUUUUUUAACAGCUAAAAUGAGGAUUUUAGGUCCUUCAGUGUUGGAAAAGCUCAGCUAUGAUUGUAGACAUUUUGAACGAUUUAGAAAUGUAUCUCAGUUCAGAUGGAAUAAAAGCUGUCAUCAGCACAGAUGUCACAUCCUCUCAGCCACACUCUGGAUGUUUAUGUGCAUUAUUGACAUGGCUUGAUGAUGAAUGUGCAUCUCGCAGUGGGAGGUUCAUUUAACACUCUGCUUUAAUGUGUAGAUCUGAAGCGCCAGCAGGUUUUACUGUUUAAUUUGGUGAUGUGAUAAUGUCAUAACCCUCCAGAUGCCAUAUUGAAUGAAAUGCAUUUUUUUUUGCUUGCAGAUAAAAUGUUAAAGAGGAAAUCUUUGUAUUUUGACUUUAAACAUGUUAAAUUUUACGCUAGCCUUAAAUUGAAAAUGACCAACUGUUUUUGUUUGUUUUUCCUUUUUUCGUUGUCUUUUUUUCUUUCUUUUUUUUGACAUGUCAAGGUUUAGAUUCAGAUUUUCAGUGUCUUUGAAAUGUAGUUCUUGUUACAUGUGAAGAUACUGUAACUGAAAUAAAGAUAUACAGGUGUGUCGACCCUGUGUUCUGCUCAAAGUGGGAGCGGCAAAGUCAGCAACCCUUAUUUUACUCUGAAGUUUUUAAACAGCAGUAUUCGGUGCCAUUUUCCUGGUGGAGUCUGCAGCUGACAGCAGACAUGGACAGGAUAGGUGUGUAUGAGCGCUGAGAGAAAUGUACGUGUGUGUGUGUGUGUGUAGAUUGAGCCCUACUUCUAACAGAGUUGAAGAUCUAAUGGCUUUGUUCUCUUUCUCAACUUCUGUCCUGCUUACAUGUAGUUAAAACAGAGCUGUAGCAAUUGAACAGAUGACCGGCAAAAAAACAAA